UUCUUUCUGUAUUGAAGGGUAUUGCAAAAUUGCCUUUCAUUGAAGAAGCGCGGCUCCUAGCAGAGGUUGCAAAAAUUGAACAUUCUUUGACGGAAGAAGAAACACGAAGAAACAGUGUGAUGUGUGAUAUGCUUUUUGUGUCAUUAUCUCAUCCUUUGUCUCCAUGCAUUUUCUCUCUUGAUGAUCGCUGUAAGAAGCUUACAGACAACGAACGUUUCAAAGUCAAGGAGCAGUUGGACCCAAUAGCUAGGUCUUCUUGCAGCGGUGGUAUGAACGGAUACCUAUCCCUUUGCAUGGGAGAUCCUUGUCCUCCAAUUUUUAGAUCACCUAUUGAAGGGAUGGAGGAUAUUAAGCAAAAUCAAGUCAUAUGUGCAAUAUACAGACUUCCCGAUACUCGUAAACAUAUCGCUCGGCCAAUGGAAGGGGUUAUUUUCCCAAAGAAGGUACAUAAUGCUGAACAACUUACUCCAACCGAUCUUUUACCAUGAAUCUAUUUGUUUCUG